CAUAGAUUAAAGAAUAUCGCAUAGGAUCGAAUACAUCGGAACCCUGAGAAGUGAUUCACACUCCGAGAACCAGGGAAACUUCCCGUGAUGUUGUCCCGGGUUGAGACUCGACCAGGGUUCAUGAAGAACGAUAUCUGUCGGCCACUAAUUGUCCGCCAGGACUUCUGCUCCAUUCAUCAUCAAUCGCAAUCUAUUCGACCAGUCACUAUAUGUGAAUAUUUGCAAGAUUUUCCAUUUUCCCGUCUUAAGCGAUCUAGGUAGCGUCGUUGUGGACUAUAGCAAUUUGGCCAAGUUGCCUGUGCGCUGCAUUGUUCCUGGGUCUUCAAACUUAAUAACGCCCGUUAUUAUCACAAGCAAAGUCAUUAAAGCAGAAAGUCACGAUGCGGAUUGUAUUAUCGGAAACUCUACGAACCCUACGACAUCUCGUAUCCGUCGACAUUAUUUCCUCGAGGUCCUACAAGCCAACACAUUCGCCCCCUUCGCGUAUUGCAUGCUCUGCAUGUCGCCGCGGCCCUCGCAAUCCGCAGCGCUACAGACUGUUGUCUACCACCACCCGGCUUUCUAGCGAACCCCCGAAAGCUCACAGAGCCACCGAACGGCCAAUCCCCCAGUCCAAACCCAACAGGCCGUCUACAUACUACGAGCUCUUCCCUCAGACCCUCUCCGCCGGCCCGCCACCCGCCGGUCCCUUCCUCAUCGACGUCCGCGCACUUCGCGCGGAGUUUCUCCGUCUACAGUCGAUCGCACACCCGGAUCUCGCGCCUCCAGCGCGCAAGAGGGAGGCGGAAGCGGCAUCGUCGUAUAUCAACGAGGCGUACAAAACGCUGCGAGAACCCCUCGCGCGGGCGCAGUAUUUGUUGCGGCUGCGGGGUAUCACAUCGCAUGAGGAUGAGAGCUCCAAGUUGGAUGAGAAUGAUCAGGAAUUGCUGAUGGAGGUGCUGGAGGCUAGGGAGGAGGUGGAAGAAGCGGAGACCGAGGACGUCGUGUGGAAGCUGCGGGAGGUGAAUGAGAAACGGGUGGAGGACUGUGUGAGGACCUUGGAGGAGCUGUUUGCAAAGGAUAAUUUGGAUGAGGCGAAGAAGGAGACGGUGAAAUUGCGGUUUUGGAUGAAUAUCAGGGAGAGCUUGGAUAAUUGGGAGAAGGGGAAGCCGGUGGUGUUGCAGCAUUAAGCACCAGGAGCCCCCAUUUUAUGACUGAUAAUGUAAUAAUAGCUUCCCAAUCCACUCCAUAAAUUUGG